AAUUCUUGAAACUGAUUGACGCCUUUAUUAUUAUGUUAAUAAAGGCCAAAAAAUUAUUGUUUUGAAGAGUUUGAUCAAAAAUGGAAGCUGAUAAAACUAAAAACGAUAAUAAUUUCAUCUCAAUUGCAAUAGCAUGUUUUUUAGCUAUAUUUUUUACUCACCUAUUAGGAAAGCUGUAUGAGAAGGUUGUUAAUUUUUUAAGAUAUAUGAGAAUACUAAGUCAACCUCAACCAUCAUUGACUGUAAAUCUCCAUCGAGAAGUUGCAGAAUUACGUCGAAUCACAAAUCAGAUAUCGAAUGAUUGGGGUGAAAUGGCUAACGUCGUGACGUUAUUUGAUGGCAACAACGUGAAGAGUGAUAUGAAGUUAAUGAACGAGUCCCUCCAUGACAGUAUGCUAUGGUUUCAAGACGAAAGCGAUAAAACUGAACAGCAGUACACAGAGAUCAAGAAAACGAUGAGUUCCAUCCUAGAGAAAGUUGAUUCCUUGAAGGAAACCACACGGAACAAUGGCGAUUCAAUUUUAAAAACCAUUCAGGAUUGCAGAGCUUUAAACGCGUUCACGGAGCACAAGUACUGCCAGACAGAAAGAGAAAUCGCUGUAAAGAGCAAAAUACCAGAGAAAAAGCAUUCAAAGGAUAAAAUUGUAGAAAGUUCCUCCUCUAAGCAAACUUUGCGAAAAAUACUCGGUGAGCUUCAAAGGGAAAUCAGAACAAAUGCUUCUAAAGAAAGGGAAGAAUUGAUGUCCCAGCUGGAAGUUAUUUCGACUCAAAUUAACAAUGACCGAGAAGUUAUAAAGAAUGUUUUGCAACAAGCUUUUGCAGCUACGGCCUAUCAGAAUCAGCAGUGUUUCGAAAAAUUCGGAGUUGCCGGACAGGAAGUUUUGAACUACAUGACAGAAAAGUCAGAAAAAUCGAACAUUCUCAUGAAAGACAAGUUCCAAGAAUUCGACAAGAAACUGUGUGAUAUUUUCGAGAGCAUGAAAUCGAAUAGUGUUGACGUGACAUCCAUUCGAAGCACUUUGGACACUAUCGAUUCGCAGUUGGAUGACAUCUUCCAGAGAAUAGAACUUGGCUGUCAAAAGAAUGCAGAUCAAUGUGAAGAAGUUCUAGAAGGCUUGGAAACUGCGACGGAAGUUUGGAAAAACAGCACAUCGCGCCUAUCUGACAUGGCCCAGUCUCUUUCUGAUCUUAACUAUGGCGUCGAACACUUGAUGGGCGAACUGAAGCAAAGACCCGGUGAGACAAGCUUGGCUGUUGGCGACAUAUCUGGGCCCGAUUCGAUUUUUAACACUGGGGAUCAAAACAACAGCGAACACUACUAUGCCAAUUUAGAAUGUUUUCUUAAAAUGCAAAACUUGGUGCAGACAUGCACAGAAAAAAUAUCUUCCCUGGAGGGUCGGAUCGAAAACGAUUCAAGCAAACUUAAAAUGGUUAUGGAAAACUUGCUAAGACAGAUCCAGUUUACAUGCGAUUUGUGUGUUAAUGUGGUCGAAAAGUUUAUGCAAUCGGAGGCUCGUCAACUGGGUUCCACGGAUUACGAAGCUGUUAAUCCGGAAAUAGGAUUUAAAGGAGAUAUAAGUACAAAUGCAGCGUUAAGAGAAGACGCUAUUCAAACAGCUACCAGAAUAGUGGAUGAUCCGUGCAUGAGAUCGCCGAAAAAGAACAGACCUUCGAAACUGAAACCACCAAGUAGCCCAAGUAAAAGAGGAAAAACGAUUCACUCAGAUCCUGUUUCGAAUAACGGUUGUGGCAAAAUUCAGGAACGGAAUUUAGAAUCGAAAUGGAAAAAAUAAAGGAAAUUUUCUGGAGAAAGAAAUGCCGAAAAUGCUAAUGACUCAAAACUGAUCAUAUCGAAAUUAUACUUUUCUGAGAAAAAAUUUUGAAAUUAAUAAAAAAUUUUAAUGUG